UUUCCUGUAAGAGAAUUUUUUUGAUGUGGGUGAAAUCAGUUGUGAAAGCAAGGCCUGCAGGCAAGAGUACUCCUAGUCAUCAAUGUGUCAUUCAUGAAAAGGGAUAGCACACAUAUAGUAUGCCGUAUGGGAGGCCUGGAGCAUUCUGGGCAUGCAGGAGAUUUGGCUGUUAUUCUCUGAGAUUGCUUUAUGCAUUAAUUGGAUAUAUAGGCUCCAAGUUAGGGGGGUCCAGGCUUGGCCAGGCAGAGGUAGUAUAGAAUAGUAGUAAUAGUAAUAAUAGUAAGCUAUAUUGAGCCCCUAUGUGCCCAACACUGCUCUUAAUGCUUUACAUGUGUCCUCUCAUUUCAUUCUCACUUAUGGAAUAAGAACUAUUGUUGUCAUUUUACAGGUGAAGGAUGGAAGAACAGAGCUUGGCCAAAGGUGCCAUGGCAAAUGAGUGGCUCAGCCAGGAUGCAAACCUGGAAGGCCUCCUUAAUCAUGAUGCUUAAUUGCCGUUUUAGAUGCUUCUGGAUGUUCAAUGCUAGCACCUUUACAGACUGGAGCAGCUCGAUUUUCUUCAUAUUUACUUUCAAGAGCAAGAAAAGUGCUGGGCUCCCACUUAUUUUCUCCCUGUGGUGUCCCGGAGUUCUGUUCCAUAUCCACCAGAAAACUGGCGGCCCACGGCUUUGGCGCAUCCAUGGCGGCAAUGGUGCCCUUCCCUCCCCAGAGGUAUCACUACUUUUUAGUGCUGGACUUUGAGGCCACGUGCGACAAGCCACAGAUUCAUCCUCAGGAAAUCAUCGAGUUCCCCAUCCUGAAGCUAAAUGGUCGGACCAUGGAGAUUGAGUCUACCUUUCACAUGUAUGUCCAGCCCGUAGUCCAUCCACAGCUUACUCCCUUCUGUACAGAGCUCACCGGGAUUAUUCAAGCCAUGGUGGAUGGUCAGCCGAGCCUGCAGCAAGUGCUGGAGAGGGUCGAUGAGUGGAUGGCGAAAGAAGGCCUCUUAGAUCCAAACGUCAAGUCAAUUUUUGUCACCUGUGGAGACUGGGACUUGAAAGUCAUGCUCCCAGGCCAGUGCCAAUACUUGGGCUUGCCGGUGGCGGAUUACUUCAAGCAGUGGAUUAAUCUGAAAAAGGCUUACAGCUUCGCCAUGGGCUGCUGGCCCAAGAAUGGACUUCUAGACAUGAACAAGGGCCUCAGCCUUCAACACAUAGGCCGGCCCCACAGCGGCAUUGAUGACUGCAAGAACAUUGCCAACAUCAUGAAGACACUUGCGUAUCAAGGCUUCAUCUUCAAGCAGACAUCAAAGCCGUUCUGAUUGGCCGAGGACGGGAUGGGGCAGGACAGGGUAGCUGCUUGGCCCAGCCCAGAACCCUCCUUUCCCUCACCAGAGGGGAAAAGGGAGAGUGGCACAGCUCUACAUCCAGAGCGUCCCCCAGCCUGCCCUGUGGGCUUGCGCCCUGGGUAAGGGCUUGGCCACUCGGCCCCUCUGGAGCAGACACUUUGUGCCCCCCACCCCAAUCCCUCAACCUCAGCCCAGUAUUAGCCCCUCCCAUUGUGGGCCUGGGCUAGGGGGACCCAGGCACUCACCGCCUCUUCCCUGGUACACAGGCUUCUGCUGGGGCCACCAAGCCCCCCUGUGCCCCCUCCCAUCUGUAGUGCAUGGUGUGUGGUGCCCCCAGGGCUCCAGGACAGAUCAGGCCCCACCUUGUGUCUACCCCCAUCCCCGCUGUGAACGUGCCACUGAAUAAAGUCGGGGAAACGAG